GCAUCCAUGGAUAUUUCCAGCAUGAUUUCUGAUACGCGCUGUUUCUGCGGUGAUAAUUUUUCCCGGCGCAAUGCAGUGAUGACCGGUCAGCCACCUCCAAGCUACUCAUGUAAUCGUUGCGGCUUGACAGGUCAUUGGAUCAAAAGUUGCCCAACGUUGAAUAUGAAAAGAACGACGGGAAUUCCGAAAGAUGAAUUAAUCGAGACGACGCCGGAUGACCCGCAAGCAAUGUUAACUUCUAGUGGAACUUUUGCAGUUCCAAUAAUGCAUAAGCAGGCAUAUCUUAUUGGCAAGAAGGAAAAGCCACCUUUUAAGCGUGAAAUACCUCCUGAAUUGUUGUGUACUUUGUGUAGCGAUUUACUCAAAGAUGCUGUCUUGAUACCAUGUUGUGGCUAUAGUUUUUGCGACGAAUGUAUUCGAAAUCAGUUGCUUGAAUCGGAUAAUCAUGAAUGCCCUAACUGUCAUGAAAAAGGUAUUAGUCCAGUGUCACUUAUUCCAAACGGUAAGCUGCGACAGGCUGUGGACAGUUACCAGAACGAAUCCAGUUACUCGCACGCGCGUUCCAAUCUGCCGCUAAGUGACGAGUCGAACAGCCACGUAGCUAAUCCGACCAUCAGCGGAAUAAGGUAG